AUGGAAAAUGCCAAGCCCAUCGUUACAUCGAUUGUUCUUAAGGGAACAAACUACUUGCUGUGGACAAGAACCACAAGAACCGCCCUUGGAGGUCGUGGCCUUUGGAGUCAUGUUGAAACGGACUAUGUUCCAAAGAAAAACCUCAAAGGAGAAGAUGAGUGCGCUUCCGAGGUGGAAGUAGAGGAAGAGAGCGAGAGGAAGGCCAAGUGGUUUCAAGAAGACCAAGUUGUCCUGUCUGUUCACCAAAACUCUCUCGACACACCAAUCCUUGAAGCCUACUCCUAUUGUGAGACGGCCAAGGAACUUUGGGAAACGCUUAAAAACGUUUAUGGUAAUGUCUCUAACUUGACUCGAGUUUUUGAAGUCAAGAAGGCUAUUAAUGAGCUCAAUCAAGAUGAUUUGCACAUCCUUAGGGCUGAAAAACUACCCUCCUUUGAAGACAUUUGCUCUCAAAUCCAAAAGGAACAAGGAUCACUCGACUUGUUUAGCGGUAAGGGGGAGCUUGUUACGGCUAACAAAGGAGUGUACAAGCAAGAGUAUAGGAAGGUGUGGAUAUGUGACCAUUGCAAGAAGCGAGGUCAUAUGAAAGACAAGUGCUGGAUACUCCAUCCCCAUCUCAAACCGGCCAAGUUCAAGGCUAACCUCUCGAAGGAAGCGACUAGUGACAAGGGAGCCGGUUCAUCGAAGCAAGGAGAUGAGGCGGCCAUGACCACAGCCUAUGGGGAGGUGGUGAGGAAAUCAGACCUUGAAGCGCUCAUUCGCUCCAUUGCCUCACUCAAGGAGUCUGGUAUCUCUUUCUUUACCUCUAAGCCUAGUAAAUCACUUGUUAUUGACUCGGGUGCUUCUCACCACAUGAUUAGUAACCCUAGUCUAAUUAACAAUAUAACACCGGCUUUAGGGAAUGUUAUUAUUGCCAAUGGAGAACAAAUACCUGAUAUUGAGACUGGGAAAGUUCUUGGAGAAGGACAAGGGAGUGGAGAUCUCUAUGUCCUAGAGAAAACCUCACCGAUCUUAUCUACCUCUAAUAAGUCUUGUUUUGUUGUUAAUUCGGAUAGUAUGUGGCAUGCUAGACUAGGCCACCCUCAUUCUCGUGCUCUUGCUUUAAUGUUACCAAAUGUCCUUAGAUCAGACAAUGGUGGGGAAUAUACAAGUCACAAGUUCAAAGAACAUUUGGCUAAGCACGGCAUCCUACAACAAACAAGCUGUCCAUAUACGCUCCAACAAAACGGUGUGGCCGAGAGGAAGAAUCGACACCUCAUGGAGGUUGCACGAUCAAUGAUGUUCCACUCACACGUUACAAGGCGAUAUUGGGGUGAUGCCGUGAUGACGGCGUGCUACUUGAUUAACCGGACACCGACCAAAGUCCUUAACGACUUAUCACCGUUCGAGGGAUACAAGUGCUAUGAUCCAACAACAAGUCGUUUAUAUGUCUCUCGAGAUGUUCGGUUCAUGGAAAAUGUUGUCUACCUUGAUAACAAGGACUGGAACACCUCUACACGGCCCGAGUCACGCCCGGCUCAUACCGAGGGUGAGCCAGAGCCUGUUGAUGUCCCUGAGGAUGUCUUGCCUCCAGAUCAUGUUCUGCAUGAGCCAAACUCGAUGACGACCGGAGCCCAUGGUGUUCCCAUAACACCGACAGAGGAACACUUGGAAGAAGCCUCCACGGCCAGCGACGCUGUUGACUCACAUCAAGGAGAGCCGCCUACUCAACCUGUUUUACGCAUAAGUGAACGUGUUAGGUCUCACCCGUCCACAUGGAAGGAUAAACGAGUAUAUUACAACAGUCAAGCCAUCGCGCAUCCUAUCCAGACCGUUUGUUCACUUGAGCUGCUUCCGGUUGAGCAGCAAGCUUUCUUUGGCCAAGUUGAUGCUCAUUGGGUUCCUCAAACUUAUGAUGAGGCUAAGGAGCACAAGGAGUGGUUAGAUGCUGUCGUAGAAGAAUCUGGUGCUAUGAUCCGGAACCACAUGUGGGACGAAGCUGACCUUCCAAAUGGGCAAAAAGGCUGUGAGCUCUAA